UUAAAAAAUUUUUUUAUUACAGCUAACUUCGGCUCGAAUUGACUUCGAAAGCGAUCUGACUGACCGCACUAUCGUUAUCGCAUUUUUAUGUUUAGUCAUCAAGAGAAGAAUUCGCAAAACUGAAAAACUGCAAGAAAAAUGAGUUCUUCAAGUACGAGAAAUAUUCCGUCAUGAUUGAGAGAUCGUGCGGUUGCGCACAGAGUUGCGGUACAACCGCGAUCUGUGAUGCCUCAUCGUCUAUAAUCAAACCGAUACGCAUCAUCCAAUUCAUGCUGAUAGCGGCGCUUUUCGCGUUAACCGUGUACACCAUCUCCAGGGAUACUCCGUACGAGAAGAUCGAGGAAAUACCGUUAACGGUACUUUACGGGUGUUUUUUCCUUGUCACUUUGGUAGAUAUAAUUAGUCAGUGCUGCGGCGAACCGAUACCGCAGACGCCGAUGUUUUUAUUUGGAGUAGUAGGAACGAUCUCAUUUCUAUUGGCAACUAGUGGCGUUUUCAUCGUUACGUACAGACCGCGAAUAAUUCACAUGUGGCGAAUGACAACAAGUAUGGUGUUAUCAGGCGUUUGCAGUUUACUAUAUCUAUUAGAUAUCUUUCUUAUCUACUUAUACGGAUAUUAAAUAACCGUGUAUUCACGCACACGCAACAUAUUCCUGUAAAUAAAAAAUAAAUCGUUGAAAUGUGAUAAACGGUGUUCUGUAAUUGCAACAUCACCCGUUUUAACUCUGAUUUUUCAAAAUUAUCUUUCAUCAAAGAGAUAUUACGUAAUUUUUUAUUUUAAAGACAAGAAAAACGUAAUAUCAAAUUUUGCUUCGCUAAGAACGCCUUUGUCUCGUAUAACUUUUUCGCGCAAACGCGUGCACAUUAAAUAUAAAAAAAAAAAAACUGAAAACAAAUACGCGCGAAGUUAGAUAUUUCACGGAUCGACAACUCGAUUACGACAAAUAGUUGUCUCACAACUGUCACACUGGUACGUUAUUAAUGUUGAAAAUAAGAAAAUGAAAAGUCUACUAAAACUAUCGUCUUAUCAGCAGAAGCUGCCUAGAACGAGCAGAUGCGCAUCGACUCUACUCAAGCCGUUAAGAAUAUUUCAGUUCUUCACGGUGUUGCUGAUAUUCGCAGUCACAAUCUACACGAUCGUUAUGGAUCCUACACCGAUAAGUGCUCUAGCCUGUAUUCUUCUAAUCGUCUUAUCAGGCGUCUAUGUGUUUGUUCUGGCUGUCGAGUUGAUCAGCCACUUUGCCGGGGGCGGCGUGCACAUAACUCCGAUGUGCGCGUUCUCUUUACUUGGCUUUGUAUUUUUUGGAAGUGCUGCAAUUUUAUUGAUUUCCAAUAAUUACACACAUCUCGCGGUGACAUUAGCAGCAAUUCUAUUAUGUACAUUAGCAGCGUUGCUCUUUCUGAUUGAUAUUACAAUGAUAUUUGUAUUUUGGAAAAGAAGAUGCUCAAUUUGCAAACGAUGUUGCAUCAAUGAUACACCUGAAUUUUUACGUAAAAUCGAAAAACUUGCACCUGUACAUAUUGACGAAACAAUGAAAUACGACGUGGCGACCAGUGUUAGUGACAUCAGAGUACCAGACGAAUUGAAGUCCAUUGUUCCGGCUGAUCACUCGUACCGUAAAGUCGAAUAUCCUCCGCGACGACAAUACGUCGAUCGUCCUACUUCCGUUCCAUCAGUUUCCUAUCAUGACGUUGCCGAAAUUCAAACUGAAGCGAAUGACAUGUCCGUUGUGGAGAGUCAAACUCCUGAAACAGUCACCAUAGAAAGACCGAUGCAAACGGUGAGCAAAUGCGACUUUUGCCACCGUAUAAUGGAACCCUUCGUGCUCUCCACCAUCGAAGACGCAGUUGCUGCUCGAUGUUUCCAACAAGCACCGUUUACUUAUCCCGCCGUCGUGCACUUUGUUCGCGGAGGUGUUGGCGUGCCAUGUUGUCGCGGGUGCAAGUGCUUCGGAAAAAUGCAAAUGCAAAAUCAACAACAAUCAUCACAGCAAUCAUCGUCAAAAGGUGCAAACGUCACGUUGACGAGUGAGGCAACACAGCAGGUUGCGAACGACAACGUUGCAGCAAACUUCACAGUCACGUCCUUCUACGUGAAACCAGACAAAAACAUUCAGACUUCGUCGAAAACCGAUUUGAACACUUUCAAGCAAACAGUCAACAUGACGAAAGAAGACGCAGACUGUAGUGAAAAGGCAAACUUAGCUUCAACGUUCCCACAAGACGAAGAACUUGAAACAGAACUUGACGAGACGAGUAUUCAAACUGUCACCACAAAAGGAAGAACGAAUAGAAGGCACAGCGAAAAAAAGAAAAGAAAAUCAAUCGAUACGAUCGAACAUUGCGAUGAUGUUGAAAGAAGCAGAGGAGGGGGAGAGCAAGAAGUUAACAUUUAUCAGCAAUUUAUGCACGCGAUAGAACAAAGAAGUAUGAUAAGCACCGCGCAAUCGACCAGACACACAGUAGCUACGCAAAUGAGCACGAUGCUGAUUGCGCCACAAAUGACCAGAACAAAAACCAAAACGUUCUUGAAAUCAAACAGAAUAGAUCCCGUCAGAGAUGCACAUCAAAACAACGAGGCUCAUAUUUCUGAAGAAACAUCUUUCAGAACAUGUAUUCAUAAAAUCGUUCAAGUAUUAAGAUUCAUAUUCUAAAAAUAUGAAAAAUAAAUAUUGACCGACGAAUCACAAAAUCCUACUGACAAAAUGAACGAUAUUUAUUCGCUCUGCAAACAACCAAAUGCAGAAGAUUCG